UUUUUUUUUACUCUUUUUCUUUUACUUAUUCUCAUGUCGGCACAAGAAGGCACCUUUCGUCAUAAAGGACGUGUCAAGUUUUUUAAUUCUACAAAAGGGUUCGGGUUUAUUUUACCAGAAAAUAAUGAUACUAUGGAAGAAGUAUUUGUUCAUCAUACAGCAAUUCAUAAUGAUGGAGGAUUUAAGAGUUUAGCAGAGGGAGAAGAAGUUGAAUAUGAUUUGAUCCAAGGACCAAAAGGUAUGCAAGCUUCUCAUGUGACUGGCCCUGAUGGCGUUUCUGUCAAAGGAGAUUCUCGAACUCAUAUUCGACAAUAUCCAAAGUAAAGAAAAUCUUGUAUAUAUUCGUGCUCACUCAUAUUUAGUCAAAGGAGAAACUAUUAUGGACAAGGCAAUGGUUAUAUGAUGGACCCUUUUACUGCACAGACAUAUGGAUAUGGCAUGAUGCCAGCGUAUCCUUAUAUGCCACAAUAUGGUCAACCAUCACCAGUGAUACAUUAUCAACACUAUGGAUACGGUAAUAACACAACUUCAACUAUGCCUGGAUUUGACGCCAAUAUUGGUUAUAUGCCAUCGGGUGAUCAACAAGAUAAAGAAUGAAUUUUUACAAUCAAUAUCUUUAUUACAAUAUAUAUAUAUAUACAUAUAUAUAAAACAAUGAUUUAUGCAAAUCGGAUAGGAAAAGAGGUUAUAUGGUUAAGGUUUGCCUU